GUGAACAGUAAUAAAACCCCAAAAUGGAAUUCUCUCUCUCUUUCUCUCUCUCUCUCUCUCUCUCUGUGCCUGCAACGUAACUGGUGAGUGAUGAUACGAUCUCCCUUCGCCUCUCUCUCUAGAAUUUCGAUACGCACGGGGCGUCUCUCCCUCUCUCUCUAAAAAAUGGACGAAGAACUACAGAAGCGAAACACCGACUGCGUCUACUUCUUGGCUUCUCCCCUCACCUGCAAGAAGGGGAUUGAAUGUGAGUAUCGACAUAGUGAGAUUGCGAGGCUCAACCCAAGAGAUUGCUGGUACUGGUUAGCUGGGAGCUGUCUGAAUCCUUCUUGUGCUUUUCGACACCCUCCUUUAGAUGUGCAUACCGAGGCGUCAUCUGAAUCUGCUCCUCCCCAAAAUCAGUCGGCUGCACCCGUGAACAAGUUAAACACCCCAUGCUUUUUUUAUUUCAAUGGUUUUUGCAACAAAGGUGAUAGAUGCCCUUUUCUACAUGGACCAUAUGAAGAUGGUACGCCUGCUUUGAAAUCCUCAAAGACAGCUUCUGCAGUCACUGGUGCGCCUCCCCUGGAAAAUAAGACAUCUGCGGUAAGUGAUGCCAGAUCUGCACCAGUAGAAACACUUCCUAAUCCAUCUGAAGCUGCUUCUAUGAGAGCAGCAGAACUACAGAUUAAGCCUAAACCAGAUGUCCACUUAUCUGCUCAUACUAACAUCGAGGAUCAAAGUGCUUCUCCUGAUAUAUCCGCAUCUGAGUGUGAAGAAGCUCCGGUAGUUAGGCCAGAAAUGCUGUUUCUAGGGACAGAUUUAGUAAGAAGCAGAUCUCUUGUAUGCACUGAUCAGAGCUCAGAAGAGGACGCAGUUGAUGGUCUUUUAGAGAGAGAGGACUGGUUAGAAUCGUCUCCUGGUUUUGAUGUUCUCGUGGAUGAUGAUAGAUUACUGAACUUGGGCUAUGAAGAGGAUCCGGAAUACUUACUUUCCAUUGAUAGGGAUGCAGGGGCGCUAAAUGGUCAUUUCUCGGGGUAUGAUUAUGAAGACCCAGUUGAGAAUGAUCCUAUGUAUCCUGACACACACUUGUUUUACGAGAAAGAGAGAUGUGAUUCCUCUGAUCAAUUUGAUCAUAGGGAGAGAUUUGACUUCAUCAGAGAAUUUCAAGGGCGUUCAAGGGACAGAAUGUCGGAGCCAAUUUUGCCCUGGAAGAGGAAAUCAUUUCCUGCGAAUUUGGGAAUUGAUGACCAAAGAGGUGGGGAUCUCCGAAACCAUCUUAAGAAACGUCGUAGGGUCAUUGAUGGUCAACAUGGGACACAUUUCUCAAAAAGGAACAAUACUUCUUUUCUGGCUGAUGGAAUCCGAGAAAGGCCUCGAAGACUUGGAAAUCCGCCGUGGCUUUUUGGGAGAAUGAACUCCGAAGUGCAUAGUGACAGAGUUGGAUCAUUUAGCAAGCAUGGGAAUUUGUUUCGUCCAAACAGGCCCAGACAGCCAUACGUGGAAAAAAGGCAGCCUAGACAGAAGUUUCUUUCAUCCGAAGUCUCUGGAGAACUAGUUUCAAGGAAGAAGAGAUCUACCAAGGAGAAGUCUAAUGUGUUUUCUGGGCCGAAAACUCUUGAAGAAAUCAAAGAAGAGAAGAGAAAAGCCAAAGAGAAUGGGAAUUCUUCCGGCAGGCCCAGGAAUUCAAGCAGAACUAUAUUAGAAGAGUUUCAGGGUCCUAAACCCCUGAGUGAAAUCCUGAAGGAAAGAAAGAAGCUGGGUUCUGUAAUUGAUGCCAGUAAUUACAGCAGCUAAGCUACUUGAGUAUUAGGAAUCCAAGUCGAAUCAUGGUCAUCAAAUCAACAGCUUUACAAAGUUGACGCCGAUAAACAAGUAUUUGCUGCUUCCAGAUGAAGGUCACGACCAUUUCUGAAAAUUUUGAAUUUUUUGAGAUUUCGUUUUAGCUUCAAGAAAUUACUGAGUUAGCAUUACUAGUGCGAGAUAUUUGUUGUUUCCUGAUGUAUAGCAAGAUUCGUUAGGGACUUCAAUGCCUUCUCUCUGUUGUAAUCAUGUUCUUGAGACAAUCUUGAGCUUGUUUUGCUGUAUGGAUUUGGUCAUUGAUACUUGUGUUAUGGUUGAAAAAGUUGCUUGAGAAA